UGGGAUGGUUUAGCCAAAUCCGUCCAUUGAUAUCCUUAGUAGGGGAGAGGAAUAGAUAAAUGCAGCUGAAGUGCGAGUGAGAUGUAAUAAACGCACACUAAAAAGCUGAAGCGAAGCCACGGUACGGAAAUAUGGGGAAGAAGGCAGUUCUGAUCGGAUGCAAUUACCCAGGAACCAAGGCGGAACUGAAGGGAUGUGUGAACGAUGUCCGUAGGAUGAACCGUUGUCUCGUAGAUCGCUACGAUUUCUCCCCCGACGAUAUCACGGUCUUGAUCGACACGGACGACUCCUUCACCCAACCUACCGGGAAAAACAUCCGAUCCGCUAUCACCAAUCUUGUAAGCUCCGCCUCACCGCGGGAUUUUCUCUUCCUCCAUUACAGCGGCCACGGCACCAGGCUACCCGCCGAGACUGGAGAGGAAGACGAUACUGGCUAUGACGAGUGUAUCGUCCCCUGCGACAUGAAUCUCAUCACCGAUGAUGAUUUCAGGGAAUUUGUAGAUAAGGUACCUGAAGGCUGCCGCAUAACAAUUGUAUCAGAUUCGUGUCACAGCGGGGGCCUUAUUGACGAGGCCAAGGAACAAAUCGGAGACAGCACAAACCGUCCAGAACAGAAGGAGAACGAAUCAGAGUCUUCUGGUUUUGGAUUCAAAAGCUUCCUGCACCAGACUGUAGAAGGUGCAUUAGAAUCCCGUGGAAUCCACAUUCCUUCUGGUCUGCGCCACCACCGUCAUGGUCAAGGUGGUGGUCGGGGUGAGGAAGAAGAGCUUGAUGUUGCUGAUAAGGAGGUGGAAACUGAGUUUGGUGAGCGAGCCUAUCUGAAAAGCAGAUCCCUGCCUCUGUCAACACUCAUAGAAAUACUCAAGCAAAAGACGGGCAAAGAUGACAUUGAUGUAGGGAAGCUGAGGCCAACUCUUUUUGACGUGUUUGGAGAAGAUGCAAGUCCCAAGGUGAAGAAAUUCAUGAACGUCAUUUUGAACAAAUUGAAACACGGGGAAGGGGAGAGUGGUGGAGGGUUCUUGGGUAUGGUGGGUGGCCUUGCUCAGGAGUUUCUGAAGCAAAAACUUGAACAGGACGAUGGGUAUGCAAAACCUGCUCUUGAGACUGAGGUGGGGAGCAAGCAGGAGGUCUAUGCUGGGCCUGCGAAGCGGUCACUGCCAGGGGGUGGGAUCCUCAUAAGUGGCUGCCAGAGUGACCAAACUUCUGCGGAUGCAACUCCUGCAGGGAGAUCGGAUCAAGCUUAUGGAGCCCUUAGCAACGCGAUCCAGGCUAUCCUAGCUGAAGCAGAUAACCACCAAGUUACUAAUGAAGAUGUUGUUUUAAAGGCUAGGAAUUUGCUGAAGAAACAGGGUUUUACCCAGCAACCCGGACUAUACUGCAGUGAUGAUCUCAUCCGUGCUCCAUUCAUCUGCUGAUUUACUUCCAUCACAAGGCUCCUUUCCUAGUAUUUUUAUUUAUGUGGGAAGUCUAGUCAUACGGUGAUACUAUGUUAUUAUGCAUGAUGUAUCCUUGGUGUGUGUGGUAUACUGGUGUUUGCUUAUCUGGUUUCAAUCUGGUCUGGCCUUCUGGGUCCAUGUGACUAGUCGAGGAGCUCAAAAAUCCCAAGGACAAUUUCUCCCAUUGGACUUUCUUUAUAUUUGUUUAUUAAGCUCAGUGAGUUUAUGUUGUCGAAUAAUGAGCUGGUGGAUUUUUGAAUAUCUUGUUUUUAGUGGAUCUGAGUUGGGAGAUUGCAG